CUGUCGGCAUUUCCGGUGACGUCAGGCAGCGCGUCUGGAGUCCAUUAGAAGCUGCAGCUGUUUGUAGAGAAACAACAACAAGACAAAAACGAAGGCGACGCUUUUCUGCCCCCCUACAGACACCGUGGCGUCCUGAAGCUGCACCGUUACCCCUUUCUCCUCUACCCCCUCCCACCCCCCGGGAGCUGAGCGUCUCCUGUCCCCGUUUCCCUCGCGGAGCAUCACGGGCUUCUCACCACGGCCGCUCUCGGUGAGGGAACUCUGGCCUCCGCUUCCUCCUCCUCCGACUCGGACACCGGCGGAGCGUCGCCGCCCCCGCGGAAGAAGCGCCGAGCCUCGGCGGCGGAGGGAGCAGGAGAGCCCGAGGCUUCAGCAGUAGCAGCAGGCCCGGCGGGCCUCUCCGCACGAACUCCACCGCAUCCACACGCCGUUCCCUUCAUCCGCAGCGCCGGCACGAACAUGCAGGCCAACGGUGCCGAGCAGGGACAGGACCCCGGGCUCAGCUGCCAAAACAACAGCGCACAGAACCGAGAGAACGGAGAGGGAUCCAGCGGCAGGAGGGAAACGGCGCACUCUAACGGGCUCCUCUCCGGGUCCGGGUCCGGUACCGGGAACAACGUGGCCCACACCGGGACUCCUGCACUUUUAACCUCCGGAACCGGGAACUUAAAGAAGCAGAAACGCCUUUCGCAGUCUGAAGAGGACGUGAUCCGGCUGAUAGGGCAACAUCUACACGGGCUGGGGCUAAAUCAGACAGUGGAUCUGCUGAUGCAGGAGUCGGGCUGUAGGCUGGAACACCCUGCUGCUACCAAGUUCAGAAACCACAUCAUGGAGGGAGAGUGGGAUAAGGCAGAAAAUGACCUCAGCGAGCUCAAAGGCCUGAUGCAUUCACCUAAUGCUAUUGUGAGGAUGAAGUUUCUCCUCCUGCAGCAGAAGUAUCUGGAGUAUUUGGAAGAUGGAAAAGUUCUGGAAGCGUUACAGGUGUUAAGAGGAGAACUUACGCCGCUAAAAUACAACACGGACCGAAUCCACAUCCUCAGCGGGUAUCUGAUGUGCAGUCACGCUGAGGACCUGAGAGCCAAAGCAGAGUGGGAGGGGAAGGGAGUGAGUUCACGCUCCAAACUGCUCGAUAAACUGCAGACGUACCUCCCCCCCUCAGUGAUGCUGCCACCACGGAGGUUACACACACUCCUGCGUCAGGCCGUGGAGUUACAGAGAGAUCGCUGCCUUUAUCACAACACCAAGACGGACAACAACCUCGACUCUGUUUCACUGCUGCUGGACCACGUGUGCAGCAGGUACACACAAACACACGUGUGCAGCAGGAAGCAGUUCCCAUGUUACACUCAGCAGAUUCUGACCGAACACUGUAACGAGGUUUGGUUCUGCAAGUUCUCCAACGAUGGCACCAAACUCGCCACCGGCUCCAAAGACACCACGGUGAUCGUGUGGCAGGUGGUCCCGGACACACACCAGCUGAAGUUAUGGAGGACGUUGGAGGGUCAUGCGUAUGGUGUGUCUUACUUGGCCUGGAGUCCUGAUGAUGUUUACCUCAUUGCCUGUGGUCCAGACGACUGCUCAGAGCUCUGGCUCUGGAACGUACAGACAGGUGAACUGCGCACAAAGAUGAGUCAGUCUCAUGAGGACAGUCUGACCAGCGUCGCCUGGAACCCUGACGGCAAGCGAUUUGUUACAGGAGGACAGCGAGGACAGUUCUACCAGUGUGAUCUGGACGGUAACCUGGUGGACUCGUGGGAAGGAGUGCGUGUCCAGUGUUUAUGGUGUGUGAGCGACGGCCGCACCGUCCUGGCCUCCGACACACACCAACGUAUCCGUGCCUACAACUUCGAGGACCUGACUGACAGAAACAUAGUUCAGGAGGAUCACCCCAUCAUGUCCUUCACCGUUUCUAAGAACGGACGUUUAGCUUUGUUAAAUGUAGCAACUCAGGGCGUUCAUCUCUGGGACUUGCAGGACCGUGUGUUGGUGAGGAAGUAUCAGGGAGUGACGCAGGGCUUCUACACCAUCCACUCCUGCUUUGGUGGCCAUAAUGAGGACUUCAUCGCCAGCGGCAGUGAAGAUCAUAAGGUGUACAUUUGGCACAAGCGUAGUGAGCUGCCUAUAGCUGAGCUAACAGGACACACUCGCACUGUGAACUGUGUUAGCUGGAACCCGUGUGUGCCGAGUCUUAUGGCCAGCGCUUCAGACGACGGGACGGUCCGGGUGUGGGGCCCCGCCCCCUUCCUCCACACACAGGAAGUGGACACUUGCAACGAGAACUGCAGUAACAUGGACAGUUGAUGAUGAAAUCCAUUUCAGAGAAACAUUCAGAAACGUCUAAAGAACCCGAUUCUACGUCAAGAACAAACGAACAAAACCAGAACAGACAAUACAGUAACAAUGUGUGUGUGUGUGUGUGUGUGUGUGUGUGCGCGCGUGUGUGUGUGUGUGCGCGUGUGUGUGUGUGAAAGGGAGAGUGAGUAAGUGUUUGGAAGUUCAAAAUCGUCAUGGUGACUGAAGCCGUCUCCAUGGCAACCCAACAAACAUGCCGAUUUUCUGAUCUUUAGGGGAAUGAGAGGUGGAGGGAUGAGGGAAUAAUAAAUAGUUUCGCUUUCUCUUCACUCGUUCAUCUCACACACAAUAAUUGUUCUUUGGUUGUUGUUUUUUUUUUGUUCUUUUUUUACAUUUUUAUUUAAAAAUAUUACUAACCCAUGCAGUUUAUUUAGUCGUUAUUGUACCUCCAACCUCCCUCAUCCCUCCAUCCAUCUGUUCUUCUGAUUCCCUCAGUUCUGACAGGGUCAGGGUUAUGUGUGUGUGUGUGUGUGUGUGUGUGUGUGUGUGCGUGUGUGUGUGGAGAAGGAGGAAUAGUUUUAAUUCAGAGCCCAACUGAGACCUUCAUCUGUGGAACAAAAAAGAAAAGACAGUUUUGUAACGUUAUUGUUUUAAAAUAUAAUAAAAUUGAGGGCUGUUUUUUUGGCUUAAAUAUAAUUAGGUGUAAAAUCAGUGCACCCGUGAAAGCGGGACGGUGGAAGUGCAAAAAUAAUAAAUCCACAUCUACUGCGACCCUUCGACUGUGGGUGGACACGCCCACCGAGGUGGGUGUGGUCAUGCCUGUGGCGUCAUCACAGAACACCCCUAGGAUUCAGUUUACACUCAGAUCUAAUCCACACAUUUCAGUGCACCGCUAGUGGACUAUACAGAAUGCCUCUUAUUGGCUAGCGGAGUUUUCUCACCACACUAGUGGGCGGAGCCACUGCGCUUGCUACGACAGACCCACAUGUAUUAUGAGUUUUUCCGCUUCCUGUCGGCGUGCGAAUCAGACAGCUGUGUAGAUAAUCAUACAAGUGGUUUCAGCCGAUCAGCAAAGGCUGUGACCUCAGAAGGGGGUCAACACACUGGCUUCUGAUUGGACCCAGAUCAUUUCCUGUGUAUUCUGCAGAAAUGUUCCUGAAGCCCCUUCUCGUAUAUGAUCUGUACAGCAAAGUUCUGCCCACCACUCCGAAUUAGUCAAAUGACUCUCAGACCUCUAUAAUCUGUGUCCCUUAUCCUGGAACGCUUCCUCACGUAUGACCUAUGCAGCAAAGCUCCGCCUCUGAGGAAUCCAUCCACGCCUCUUUUCAUCGAGUCUGCAAAGCCACACCCCUUAGCCCCUUUUAUAGACUUAACGCUUUUAUAGGCUGAACAAGACACCACGCCCCUUUAAUCAUGGUGCAGACCAAUUUAAAUAAGGUUUAAAUAAGGUUUUUCUUUUCUAGAACAUAAUCUCAUUCAUAACCUAUGCAACAAAGCCCUGCCCCAAUUUUGAUACAAAGCCCCGCCCCUUUUCCCCACCAGUACAGUUGCCCCGCCUCUUCGUAUAUGUUCCUGUUUGAGGAACACUUCCUCAUAUAUGACCUAUGCAGCAAAGCCCCACCCAAAAAAAAAGUCAUUUCACAGAAAAGCCCCGCCCCUUUUCUACGUUCCUUCUGUGGAGCGAUGUAAAGGGGACGUCAUCAUUUUGCACUACAUAUCCAUCGUAUUUCAGCCAUCAUGAUAUUUCUGCCAUAAACGCUGGUGAAAUCUGCCAACAUGCUGGAGAUGACUAACAUGGGAAAGUGUUUCCACGCCGUCGGCUUGCUGUGUUUACCUUUAGGUACAAAAAGACUUUUUUUCAGGCAGUAAUUUUUUUUUUUAUUCACAAAGUUUAGAGCUUUCAUUUGUCUUUUUUUUUUAAGAAACAAUAUUUACUGCGGACCGAUAGUAACGCCUUUUCAGUUUUUAUUACUUUUUGGUCUUUUUUUUUGGGGUUAUGAUUUUUUUGGGUUGAUUCUUUAUCCCUGUAUUAUCAUAUUAAACUAUAACCAGCCAA